CAUUGCAUAGACUUGUCAUAGACUCUGGAGAGGAGGGAAAAAGACAAACUCCUGUAGAAUCCUGUGCUGUGGAGGAAAUAGGAGGGACCACAUCUCAGGGGAAGAUUCCCAGGACGGCUCACAAUGUAGCAGUCCCCAGGGGUGCACAGAACUUGAUACUGUGAACAGUAUGGCGGUGUGGGGACAACAUGGAACGGUGUUACGAUGUUGUCUUGUUUGUUCGUUCAAACAUUACUGAGCCCCCACUAUGUGCUAGCCUCCUUGCUUACGCAACAGAAACACUAAGGUGGCCAAGAGCUCUUCCAGGAAGAGACAUGGCCACAUAAUGGAACUAUAAUGUGGGCCGUAGCACGCUAGAGAGGGAGAAGGCAAGUCUUCUUUGGGGGUGGCUGGGUCUUGAGUGAUGGGGACAGGCAAUUUCAAAAGGAAACAAAGCAUAGAAGUACAAAGUAAUCAUAAUCAUAACAGCAACUCCCUUAAAAAAUUUGUUUUUGAAGUUGAUAGUGUGGACUCGAGUUCUGGCUCCAUUACUCACUGUGAUCUUAGGCAAUUAUCUCAGUUUCUGUACUCAGUUUACUCAUCUGUAAGAUGGAGAUAAUAGUGCCUGCCUCAUAGAGCUCUUUGAGUAAAGGUUAGUAGAGGCUAUUAAGCACUUACUACAGUCCAGAUUCUACAUGUACCUAAUUUCUGAUCCUUACAACAACCCUGAAAGCAGGUUUAUCCGUUUUACAGAGCAGGAAGAGUGGCACUCAGGUUUCUCAUGCUCAUACGGAUUAAAGGCUGGUGCGGGGAUUUGAACCCACAUCUGUCUGACAUCUAAGCUCGUGGCCUCUCUUCUAUUCCAUGUCUAGUGGGGCAGGAACGCUGGAUAGAAUGAGGGCAUCAUGAGACAAAGACAUCUUCUUGACACUUCCUCUCCAGUUGGUCAGGGGUAUAUCUAGGCAGACCUGGCAGACACCAAAUCUCUGGUUCUUCAGAGCCAGAUGGUUGUCAGUUUUACCAAAAGACUGUCUACAAAAUCCUUCAUGAAUGUGUACCCCAUUGGGCAGGUGGAGAAACCAAAGCAGGAAUUGCUUGGAACUCCUACAACUCAAGUCAGCACAAAAGGAGAGAGGUGGAAAAAGAUUUUAACAGAUCUUUUGCAAAAGAAAAUAUAUGAAUGGCCAAGAAGCACAUGAAAAGCUGUUCAACAUCACUAGGUACCAAGGAAAUGCAAAUUAAAACCACAAUGAGAUACUACUACAAACACACCCAACGUGGCAAAAACGAAAAAGCCCCCCAAAUUAAAUGUUCACCAGGAUGUGGAGCAAUGGGGACUCUCAUACAUUGUUGGUACAAGUAUGAAAUGACACAUUUUGGAGAAAGAUCUAGCAGUUUCUUGUAAAAUUAAACAUAUGCCUAUUCUUUGACCACUCCUAAAUAUUUACUUAAAAGAAAGGUAAGCAUAUGCCUACAAAGAAACUUGUAUAGCAGCCUAGCUCAUAAGAACUAAAAACUUGAAAGAGCUCAGGUGUACAUGGACAGGAGAGCAGAUAAACUAUGGUAUAUUCAGACAAUGUAUGAAUACUACACAGAAAUGAAAAGACACAAACUGCUGAUACAUGCAAGAACAUGAAUGAUUCUCCAAAACAUUCUUCCCAUGAAAGAAGACUUUUACAAAAAAUUAUACACACUAUAUGAUGAUUUCACUUAUACGAAGCUGUAGAACAGAUUAAUCCAUUUUCUGGAGAAAAAUCAGAACAGUGGGUGCAUCUGGAAGGCAGGGGUCACAGACAUUGACGGGCAAGGGGCAUUAGCCAACUUUCAGGGAUUUUCCAAACAUAUCUUGAUAAGAGUUACACAGGUGUAUCCACUUGUUGAACUCAAUGAAUGUGCACUUCAGAGUUGAGCAUUUCAUUGUUUGUAAAUUUUACACCAAAAGAAAAAUGUAAACAACUAUUGAACUCUAGUUAAUGAUAUGCAUGCUGAACUAUUUAAGGGGAAGUGUCCUUAUGUCUGAAAUUUCUUUGAAGUGCAUCAAAACAUAAGAUGAAUUGGGGGAGAUAGAGGCUGAUAUGUGAUAAAAACAAGUGCAGUAACAUGUUAAUAGUGGAAUCUAGGUGAUGGGGAUACAGAUGUUCAUUGUAACAGGUAUUCAUCCUUUCAACUUUGUUGUAUGUUUGAGAUUUUUCAUAAUAAAAGGGUGAGUUAUUUGAGGGUUUUUCAGGAAAGUUCUUGGCUAGGCUUCGGACAGGGCAAAUAGAGACACGAAUCUCAGGGAGACAGGAGCCCGGCAGUGUGACCUUGCAAAAGUAAUAACAUUUUUCAGUCUGUUUCAACUAUCACGGAGGCACAUUGGGAGUCGGUAUUAUUAAGAACUUUGUCGUUGGGAAGGGGGUCCUCAAUCCACGUCCGAGCCACGCCACGUGCCCACUGCCGUUUGUGCCCUAUCAGCGCCCCUUUACACCCAGCAGCCCUUCAAAGGCCUAUCCUGGCAGUCGCUGUGGUAGCUGCACCCUGGCUUCCGGGACGGCACCGGAAGUCGCUUCUCAGACGCUCUUCCUAUUGGAGGCCGGCCUUUCGCGGGGGCGGGGCCAUUGGGAGGCGGAAACAGCCUCAGAUAUGGCGGCGGCAGCGCUUUUUUGUCUGCUGGUGCUGCUGCUUCUCGGGCCGGGAGUCUGGGGCCACACAGAGCCCCCACGCGACAGCCUGCGGGAGGAGCUCGUCAUCACCCCGCUGCCUUCUGGGGACGUAGCCGCCACAUUCCAGUUCCGCACGCGCUGGGAUUCGGAGCUGCAGCGGGAAGAAGUAUCUCAUUAUAGGCUCUUCCCCAAAGCACUGGGGCAGUUGAUCUCCAAGUAUUCUCUACGGGAGCUGCACCUGUCGUUAACCCAAGGCUUCUGGAGGACUCGAUACUGGGGGACACCCUUCUUGCAGGCCCCAUCAGGUGCAGAGCUGUGGGCCUGGUUCCAAGACACCGUCACUGACGUGGAUAAGUCCUGGAAGGAGCUCAGUAACGUCCUCUCAGGGAUCUUCUGCGCCUCUCUCAACUUCAUUGACUCCACCAACACAGUCACGCCUAGCGCCUCCUUCAAACCCCUGGGGCUGGCCAAUGGCACGGAUCACUCCUUCCUGCGCUAUGCGGUGCUGCCUCGGGAGGUCGUCUGCACUGAGAACCUCACCCCGUGGAAGAAGCUCUUGCCCUGCAGUUCCAAGGCAGGCCUCUCCGUGCUGCUGAAGGCCGAUCGCCUGUUCCACACGAGCUACCACUCCCAGGCAGUGCAUAUUCGCCCUGUUUGCAGAGAUGCACGCUGUGCCAGCAUCUCCUGGGAGCUGAGGCAGACCCUUUCCGUUGUAUUUGACGCCUUCGUCACGGGGCAGGGGAAGCAAGACUGGUCCCUCUUUCGGAUGUUCUCCCGAACCCUCACAGAGCCCUGCCCCCUGGCUUCGGAGAGCCGAGUCUAUGUGGACGUCACCAACUAUAGCCAGGACAAUGAGACAUUGGAGGUGUACCCGCCCCCGCUCACCAUGUACGAGGACGUCGUCCUGGGCACCCGGAAGACCUAUGCCGUCUACGACCUGCUGGACACGGCCGUGAUCAACAACUCGCGCAGCCUCAACCUCCAGCUCAAGUGGAAGAGACCCCUAGGGAAUGAGGCCCCACCCACGCCCUUCCUGUACGCCCAGCGGUACGUGAGCGGCUACGGGCUGCACAACGGGGAGCUGAGCACGCUGCUGUAUAACACCCACCCGUACCGGGCCUUCCCCGUGCUGUUGCUGGACACUGUGCCCUGGUACCUGCGGCUGUACGUGCACACGCUCACCAUCACCUCCAAGGGCAAGGAGAACAAACCAAGUUACAUCCACUACCAGCCUGCCCAGGACCGGAUGCAGCCCCACCUCCUGGAGAUGCUGAUUCAGCUACCGGCCAGCUCAGUCACCAAGGUCUCCAUCCAGUUUGAGCGGGCGCUGCUUAAGUGGACCGAGUACACCCCGGACCCCAACCACGGCUUCUAUGUCAGCCCAUCUGUCCUCAGUGCCCUCGUGCCCAGCGAGGUGGCCGCCCAACCCGUGGACUGGGAAGAGAGUCCCCUCUUCAACACCCUCUUCCCAGUCUCCGACAGCUCCAGCUACUUCGUGCGGCUCUACACGGAGCCACUGCUGGUGAACCUGCCCACGCCGGACUUCAGCAUGCCCUACAACGUCAUCUGCCUCACGUGCACAGUGGUGGCCGUGUGCUACGGCUCCUUCUACAACCUCCUCACCCGAACCUUCCAGGUUGAGGUGCCCAGCAAGGGCGGCCUGGCCAGGCGGCUGGCCAACCUCAUCCGGCGCGCCCGAGGCGUCCCCCCGCUCUGAGGCGCGCCCUGCUCACAGCUGGGCUGCUCUUCCUCUCCGAGGUGGGCAGAGACUGACCCCCAAGUCUCCUCCUGCCGCUUGCCCUCCCCCGAGGCAGUUUCCGAACCAAGCUGACCCCUGGAUUGGGCCAGGCCUAGAGUGGCGCUAUCAGGACAGUAGCCACGAGCCAGAUGUGUGUUUGAAUUGAAAUUAAUUUAAAUUGAAAGUGUAUUUCCUCAGCCGUACUAGCCCCACUUCACGUGCUCGGUAACCAAAAGUGAUCAGCAGCUGCAGCCCUGGGCUGCGAGGACAGAUGUUUCCAUCACUGCAGAAAGGUCUGUUAUCCGGUGGCCUGGAUAACAGGGUGUGCUGAGGAAUUCGUAUCGCUCUGCGGUAGGUGGGGUUUACUGGGUGUGGAAUAAAAAGUGCCUAAUUCCUUGC